GUAUACUGAAAUGCGUCCGUUUGUUCAAACUGCUUUUAAUACCGCGGAAAAUGGAGUUACCAGCUUCAUAUUAUGGAAAUAUUGACAGAAGAAACCCAGUUAUUACAGGUUUCAAACGAGACAUUCACUCGUUUAUGACAUUAAUGAGACAAGUCACUUCAAACCAGGAGCACGGCUCCUAUGCUAAAGGAAUUAAAGUCCUUGUGGAGAUAUGGAGAAAGUACAAACAUCGACUGCCUACCAGGCUAUACCAGGAGCACAUGUUGCAGAUUGCAGAUUUUCUUUUUGGACUGAAGCUAUACCAGCUGGCUCAGUGGCAUGGCUACAGCCUCCAUCUGUUGGAGUUCACCUCAGUGAAAAUUACGGACAUCACAGAUGUCGGACACUUUAUGGCCAGCUUCUUUCCAGAAGGUUUUGAUGCAGACCAAGAUGUAUUUGCCAUGAAGAUCCGUGCAAUGCAGGGCUGUGCCCUUUGCAUAUUUGAGGAAGAGAAAAAACACAGCGUCCUGAGCCAGGAGGGCCUCCAGAAACUUCUUCGUGUGCUGAACUUCAUCAGGAUCAUGAUGCAAGCUCUGCAACAAAAUGAAGCCUUCUACCACACAAUAUAUGAUGGUUCAGUCCACAUUUACUCUAUCUGCCGUUACCUGAUGACCAUGAAGUGCAGCGCACAGGCGCUCGAGUACCUUCUGUGGGCAAGCAUCAGUGUGGAGCUGUCUCUUCCUCUGAUGACUACAAAGUAUCUGCCAGCGAUAGUCACACUGUACUGUGCCGUCUGCCACUGUUACUAUGACAACCAGGCUGAGGUGCAGGCAGAGGAAUUUGCCAGAAGAGCUUUGGGAAAAAUCAACGAGCUUGCAAAGCUGGAUGAGCAAAGUGAAAUUUCUCAAAAUAAAGAGACUCAGAGAGCCUACAAAGAAGCUUCGAUCAAGCUGGGCACCAUGAUAUUUAAGCGGGCAGUGUUUGAAGGCAGAAAGAAACCGAAGUUCUCAUUGAAAUCCAAAGGCACCUUGAAAGACAUAUCCCAUGGGCCCUGGCCUCGUACCCAAACAGAGCGCAUGCUAUUGAAUCUCUUUGACGGAAGAGCAGGACAGUUUUUGGCCAUUUUGGAAGCACUUCAGAACAGCAGUGCUCGUCCACUUCAGAUGAAGAUGCCAGAUGACCCGGAGCUGCAGGAAGUGAUUGUUGAGCUCCAGUUUGCUGGCAUCUCUAUACUGUCAGGAGUUGCAAGUACCAGUGAGCAAAGAUGCGACAAACACCCGAGCCUUUCUCCUACUGUACUGACACCAACUUCAGAUCUCCUCGAUCAAGCGAUCAAAGGUGAAGACGCAGUGCCCAUCAUGUCUGCAGUCAGGUUCGUCAAGCUGCUGCUUCAGUACAAGCAGCCAGACUCAUUCAUCGCUGGACUCGUCAGAGAGAUGCUGCACAUUUUAUCUGGUGUGGACGGUCACUCAUUCAGAAAGGCGGAGCGGGAGCUUGCUUUGCUUGACAGUUAUAACACUGUCCUGUCUUCCCAGAGGCGCCCACCUCGAGAGGACAGCAGGACCCCUGACAGGCGUAAGUCUUCACUGUCUUUAGGUGAUGAGUUCACGGCUCUGGUACACACCCUGCACAAGGCUGCUUGUGACUGUGCUCCUGAUGAGCAGGCAGACGGAGACCUUGUUUUGGAUAUUGCAGUUUUUUUGUGGAGUAAAAUGAAGGAGGUGAUACAGAAAAGUCAGCUUUCCACCCCAGAAUUCACUCUCCACUUACAGACCACUAACAGUUAUGAUCAGUUGCUGUUGUGUCUAUCUAUGCUAUGCAAAGCGGCUUUUUCCUGUGACCUAGCAGUAGUGGACUGUGAGAUGAUGUUUGAGAUGGUCUCCACGUUGAGGAUUCUGCUCGAUAGUGCUCCUGAACGCUUCACUCAGGCACCGCAGUCUGGCUUCGUUGUAAAUCCUGAUGAUGACAAGUGCUCCUCUGUAGAGCUGCUGCAGAAGGUAUGUGAAGCGGUGGAGAAGGGCCGAGAGACCGUGAGAUGGGAUAUGCUGCUGUCGCCUCAAGAUCCCUCAGCAGUCACAGAUUUUGCCUACAUGCAGAAAUGUAAUCUUCUUUCUCCAUCAACUACAUCAAUGCAUCCCUCGUCAUUUCCAGAAGAGGAAAAUAGUAAAAAUGAGAUUAGUCUGAAGGAAAAAGAAAAGAUGGAAACUAAAGCUGAAUCCGAUUUUGAAGACUCUCAACCAAGUCAUUCCACAUGCGUGUACCUGCUGGCCAAAGAUCUGCAUCUGGAACUGGACCUCAUCUUCCACAAGGCUUCCCUGUUGCUGCUGCAGCUAAACGCAGCUUCAGAGAUUGAAAUGUUGGACCGAAUCAAAAACAACAGGGUGUCCAAAGCGCUUUUCUUGAUCCAGAAGGCUGCAGUCGUCCACAGGGACCCAUUUGAAAGCAGCAGAACCUCUAAACUGCUACAGGAGGCCUCCACCUUGAUUGAAAAAGCAGGCGUAGAGGAGAGAAAAGUGUACAUGUCGACUUGUCAGUCACCAUCUGAAAGUAAACGCGAAACGAAGACUGAGGGAGCGGAAAACCCGCCACCUCCCCCCAUCCUGCUCUCACGCACUGAUCACUCCUUCACCUUUCUUCCUGCUCCCUACAACUUGGAGGAACAAGUGUGCUGGUACCAGCUUUACGGUCGAUUAGCUGAAGGCAUUAACCGAAAGGUUCGCCUUGGAGAUUGCAGCCUGCCAGGAACUGGAAACAUGGUACCAGCUGUAUCUGGCGAGUGUGUGCUGAAGGUGGAGGGACUGGAGCCCAACCAGAAGUAUGUGUUUGCCGUCGCAGCCUACAACAGCCAGGGCAGGCUACUGGGCAACGCUAUCGGUGGGACGACAGUCCCGGUGCUGGCCUCCGUCCCGGUGUCAUUGCUCUCCUCAUGGGCUCACUUGGCUCAGGUGGCUUUUCAAACAGAGCAGUAUGCCAUUGCGAAAAGAGCCUGCGGGGAACUGUGGAGCCACUAUACCUGCACUGGCUCUGAAACCUGCAGCCCACAGGAUAGAUUUGCCACCACAGGAAUCCACAGACAAACCCUACACCGCUCCUCUCUUCACCUCUGCCAGUUGUUCCUCUCAUCCGUCUUUAUUGAAACAGAGAUCAACAUUCAGCAGGGAUCACUGUAUUGUAACUCAUUCAGUGAAAAUGGACCGUUUGUCUGGGAACAGGAAGCCAGACUGGCUGAAUGUGAGCGAGCGCUUGUUGCCAUGGACUUGGCCAUGUAUCUGAAUGAUGGUAGCGCUGCUUUACAAGCUGCGGUCAUCUGUUACGGCCUCCUGGCGCCUCUAAUCUUCCAUCAGGUUAUUUGCCUGCCGGUGGUUCAAGUGCUGAAAAAAUGCUUGGUGGUUUUGGAAGAGAAUUCAAGUCUUCUCAAGCAAAAACGGGUCGGAAACACCUCAGAGUCCUUCAUGCACAUGGUAGCCUGCAUCACUUACUACCUAUCCAAGGCACUGCGGAUACUGCGGCAGCAUGAGGCAGCUGCUGCGGUGAUGGACUGCGGCCGCAAGCUGCUUCAGGAGGUCUAUGAUGCCCAGAGAGCGUCAAAGGGUUUAUUUAAGGUUGACCCAAAGAUAAGUCUUCAGCUGAUGGCGCUGCAUGAGAAGGACAAAAGGAGAAUUCCACCUGAAACCGUUCCCACCACAGAGAACGUGUCUGGCUGUGAGGAUCUCUCAUUGCUGUAUGAGCUGAUUUCCAGCAGCACAUUGAACGACGCCUAUCAACAUGUAAUGACGCUCACACGCAAUCCGUAUUUUGCUGAGUUAUCUGCUCUGCUGCUCCAACGAGCGAUGGAAGAAGGCCAUCCAAAUCUUGUGUUAGACUGGGGGAAAGCCAUAUUCCAAAUUCUUUCCAGUUCAAAAAAGGUUGUUGAGGGGAGCAACCAGACAAAAGGAAGGAACAAUGUCCAGGCUUCAAAAGGAAAUGAUGCACCCCAGCAGAAUAAAGACGCACCAUCACCUGAUGAAUUAAGAAAGCGAGUGAAGCAGAAAAUGCCACAUAGCAUGCUGAAGAAAGUGAGAACUAACAGAGAGAUGCACCUCGUGGAGAACCUACUCAAGAGGAUGUCAUUUAUUGUGCGACGCAAUAAAAAGCAGCUUCAGCUGAGACAGCUGUGCCGUGACCAGAGUGUGUGGAGAUCACAUCUUAACUACAGAAUGGCUCAGGCACAUUUAGCUCUUCUUUAUCAAGGCCUGGAUAAGUUGCAUGGAGGAGCCCUGCAGCACAGGUACAACCAGUUUGAUCCCUGGUCUUUCUCUCUGGCCAAUUCUGGCGUCAUGGUGCAGAGGAGCUCACAACGACACCAGUCUUCUAAACAUGCUGAUGUUCUAGAGAGACUCUCCUCUCAGUUUGAUACACUUCAUCUUGAAGUUCAAAAAAACAAAACAGAGGAAAAGAAAGAUGGAACUAUAAAGAAAGAUGUCCAUCAUGAUGAUUCUGCCAAAGAGGAGAGUAGUGAGAGUGAAGAAGAAUCCUCCAAACCUGUGGAAGAGCAGGUUGAGACACAGGGACAUGCUGUUGCUUUUCUGGAUUCCCUCAACAAAGUUGCUCUGCAUCUUCGGAGAGCCAUGGUGCUGGCGCAUCGCGGCAGCCACUGGAUCUCUCUGCAGUUUGUUUGUCAGACUGUGUGGGACCAAAACUCCGCAAUCACUCUCCUUGUGCAGAGAACCUCUCAGCUUGAAGGUUCCCCUCCGAUCACUGCCGAUCAGCUCCACGGUGUCUUCUCUCCACUGCUGGUUCUGGCCACCGAUCUCAUUAUGGACAUGCUGAACAGACUCGGGUUAUGGAGCUUAUAUGACAAGGAACUGACUGAGGAAGAACUCGAGACCAGUCUCCACCUCUCAGCCCCGCUGGAUGACAACACCCGAGUGGAUCUGCGCUGGGUUCGUACCUUGGUUUUACACACUCUGGAGGAGCUCCAUGACAGUGGCAGGUGGGAAACCCUGGCCCACUUUGGCUUAUUGUUCAACUCAUACACACGGGAACGUUACGCAGUGAAGGUGAUCCCUCUGCUCGUUGAUGCUCAGAGGAGGUUACUUGAAAGAAUAAGUUCCUUUGAGGGACCUGCUGUCCCACAGCCACACCACGUCAAGACACACCAGGUCACUGGUAACCAGGUAACUUGCAGAAGCUAUGCAGACUGUCAGCUGCUCAGUGGGUGGAGGCCUCACGCCGCACAGAAACCGGCCAAUAGCAAGAAAGUGUCUCUUAACAGCAGUCCUCAACAAGCAGCUAGGCUUAAAGAUGCAGAGAUAAUGCUCUCCAUGUCCCGUGUGUGUGUUCCUCUGGAUGUGGAAGACACGCUAAGAUGCUAUAAUGAAGCCCUUGAGAGAAAGCCUCAUUGUCUUCAGGUGUUCCAGCAUGGUCGCUCAUUGCUGGUGCGGCUCUUGGCACACACACAGCCCUGUUUUGUGGCACAGUUCCAGCACUGUGAGAGCAGAGGGCUCAGCCACUCAGCGAGCCAGGUGGAGUUCUCUCCUCUUGUUAAGCCCACACCAAACAUCCAGAGCAGUGAUCUGACAGAGGAGGAUUUCAGUACUCCAAAUGCAGUCUACGCCCUCCCGAUUAGUCCUGACCACAUGCCGACGGUCGUUGCUGCAUACUCCACAGCAAUAAGAUAUCUCCAGGCUAAUAAUCGUGAAUGCCUGACAGUUCAGGCACUUCAUGAAAUUGGAAACCUCCAUUUCUACAACGGAAACACCCGGGCAGCCCAGUCCAGCUGGAGUAAAGCUGUAGACUGUGCCCUGCAGUGCUCUGGGGUUGUGGACACAUGGGAUGGCGUGUCCUACGGAGGUGGCUCCAUGCAACAAACCCUGAGACAGGCUGGGAUCUGGGGUUGUCUGCAGGCUGCUGUCCUCUCUGCCAAAAUUGCACAGUAUAUCUUAACUUUUGAUAUCAGUCAGCGGACCACAUGCUGCCUCCUGUCUGCUCACCUCUUUAAGUGUGUGCUGAGUUGCUGCAUGGCUCAACCGCAGAGCGACCUCCAGUAUGCCUCACACAGCAUUGUCAGUGAACUCCUCCCCGGCACUGAUCUUUUCUCAGAACCUCACAGAAAUCACGUCAGCACCACCGUAACAAGCCUGAGCUUCGUUUGCCACUGGCUUUUCACCAAAGGCUACUACAUCACGGUGCUGCCUGUCAUCGCUCUUCACAUGCAUUUUGUCUGUAAUGUGUGCAGAGAUGUACAACGUACUGUGGACUGCAAAAUAUUGAAGAUACGUGUCCUGACUCACCUGUGUCUGUUCACUGAGGCUGUGAAGGAAGCGUGUCAGCUCACACAAGGAUCCGGUGUCCUUUUGCCUUAUGGACACUACAUUGCUCAAGCUAGUCCUAAACCUGUGAAGACUUUCUGCAGUGACAAGUCUCUUCCAGACAACGCGGAGGCUCUGGAGGAGCUUGUGAACUGUGACUUUACCCCAGAGGUCCGCACGUUGUACGGUCCCACACUGUGUGUUAGAUUUAACCUUGCUCGUGCUGAGCUUGUCCUGGCACUUGCUGACUCAGAAUGUGGCAGUGCUGUACCAGCUUCUGACAGCGCACAGUUUGGUUUGGUGGCCUCACAGCAGCAAGAAGGAGACACCAAGGACACUGAAACCUCCAGCCCAAAGACAGAGGAGCCAAAUAUCACUGCUGCCUCUGAGAAGCAGAAACACAGCCUAGAGAGCAUUCAGUCCUUCUUGCGAGAAGCCGUGUCCUCCUUGUUGCAGUCUGUCUCGCAGCAACUCUCAGCUCAUGUUUGUAGUGAAAUGGAAAACCUGGAACUGACGAUAGAAUUGAAUCUCCUAAAGGCCAAGCUCCACCUGCAGCAAGGACAUGCUGCACUGAGUACUGAGGUAGCAGUUUCAUCUUUGAAGCUGCUGCAAACAUCACGAGGACUUGAUGGAGGAUCCAUGCCUGGACUGAAACAUGUCAGUGAUUCAUCAGGUGGCCAGAAUGUCGACUGUCCGAGAGCAGUUGAAGCGAGUGAGAGAGUUGGAGCAUCUCUGUGGCUGCGCUGCCGCCUGGCUUUGUACCACAGCCUGACAGCUGCCAGCCCAGGAAAUACUCCUCUGUUACCAGGUCAGAACCAUAAUGACCAGGCGGCUCUGGUGUUGCAUGAGGGCAUCAAAGAGUGCACGCUUUGGGGAGAACACGACACUCAAGCUCUACUGAUGGUGGAAGGUGCUGAGCUGGAAGCAAAGCGAGGAAGAAGUGAGGGGAGCAUGGUAAUGCUGCAGAAAGCUGUGAGCAUGCUCUCCGGACGAACACAUAUGCCACCGGGAUCCAUUGUGACUUUAGCUCGAGCCACUUUGCUGCUCAGCGACCUGCGAGGCGUACAGAGCACCACGCUUCUGCAGCUGACACAAAAGCUUCUGAAAAAUCAGCUGUCUGUCUUUGGUCAGCGCGUCACUUUGGUUGAUGGGAGAAUGUGUGUCUCUACCCCUGGACCAAACAACAUCUACCUUCCUUAUUUACAGCUGCUGAACCAGACUACUCUGCAGAUCGGUCACAAUCUCGCUCAUGAGGCCAAAGGAAGCCCGGUGACUGAUCUGUCAUCACGAUCCACUUCAAGGCAGAGUUCACAACAGUCCAAAAAGCCUCAGGGAUCUUCAUCACCUUGAGAACUCAAGCACGUCUGCUCUGAGAAGACAUUUCACUGCUCUAUUCCGGUCAUGCAUAGAUAGGAAACAGUUUCAUGUGGGUGCAGACAUUGUUUUAAAGAGAUUGGGGUUGUGGUGGCCAAGUACACAUGUAGUCAUCUCAGUGCUGAAGCAAAUAUACGCUAUACCACACAACACUGCAUGUGGUUAUCAUAACGUUGUUUAUGUUUUUGAUUGUACCUUAAUUCAACUGUUUACUUUAAAAAUAAAGUAUUGCAUAACA